UCGCCACCUGGCUCCAGUUCAGCUCCCAGACUCGCCACCUGCUGCGCGGUUCUUGGGGAGGGGGUUCCUUGUCCAGAACGGGGAGGGGGGUUUCCUCGAGAACUGCAGGCCCGGUUGCCCCGGGACUCUCAGAGCCGGAGGCCAGGGAGCUGCCAGCCACGUGCGCCUGUGGCCUGCUGAGAGGUUGAAAAGCUGCCGAGGGACGAAGACCCAGGGGCUGUGGAAGAUUCACCCAACUCUUCCUUUUACUCAGGUCUGGGGACCUAAAGAGGGGAUGGGGAUCGUCAUGAUAAUAACUACCGCAUCUUCAGUGCUGGCACUGAGCUGAAAAACAUUUAAAGCUUUCAAAGCACUUUGAUGUGCUCUAUCUUACUUGAAUCUCACAAAAACAUUGUGAAGAUUGAUCUCCAUUUCUAAAUGGUGUUGAGACUGGGAGAGAUGUACAACAUUCUACACUUGGUGUUUCUUAAACUUACCAACAACUCUGAAAUAAUGGCGAGUCAGAGAAAGAAGCUGGGUGACAGGGAAACCCACCCCGCCUUCGAAAUCAGACCCCAUUCGGGACGCAGGCCCGGCCAGGUCGUGCCUGCAGACAAGGUCUGUAUUCAGCGUUGCCAGUUCUCCUCUGUGGUUCGCUUAAGCCCGGCGUCGCCUCCCCUCCUUGCUUAGCCACCACAGUAAUCAAUGCUCAGUUCGUCCGGUCCUGAGAGCGCCCCCCAGAGAAGCCCCUGGGAAGGAAGGGCAAGGAGCGGGGCUUCGCGCUGGUCUUUCGCAACACAAGCGGCGAGCGCAUCUCCCUGCGCAAACGUAGAGUGGCCUCCCCAGCACUGCCGUGGGGACCGCACAAAAACGCGGGCGCAGGUGGGAGGGCGGAGGGUGCCCUGAGCUUUCUUUAGCCUGGUAAAGAAGGUAGGCUGUGAGAAAAGCCAAUGUUAGUAUAGACGUUGGCUUUGUAUUGAGGGAGUAAGAGCACUCUUCAAGGACAGGGCUGAAAUCUUUAAAAACAAAUAAAACUUUCUCUACUAUAAUUGCUAUUAAUAAUUUUAAAAAGGGAGCCUGGAUGAAUUAAGUAGCUCAAAACUGCCUGUUCAUCAUCAUCAGGAGCUCCCUCUCUACAAGGAGGGGAAAGAAAAUGUGAAAACAAAAACUAAAUUCGAGAAGCUCCUUGACCAGCGCGGUUGUCUUGCAGGUACCCGCCAGGCCCGGCCGAGGAGCGCUCUGCCCUCCCAGCCCCCGGCGCGCAGAGGAGGCUAAAACAACCAAAAAGAAAGCAAAACAAAAACAAUAAUAAAAACGUUUAAAAUCCACGGAAAAAAACCGGAGUCGGUCUCAAAAUCCGCGCCGUUCAGGGCUCCACUCGGUAGUCGACUCGGCUGCAGGCCCCGGCCUGGUCCGAACAACGCGGGGGACACCCCCGACUCCGCUGGGGAUCGCAGCCCACAGCUCCCCCUCGCCAGGCGCCCAAGGACCCUCAAGGCGCGGGGCCCACACUUGAAGCCUGGGAACGCGCAGACAGGAAACCCACUUCCUCCUAAGCAGUUUCUUGCUCGUCGGAUGAGAGGCGCCCAAUUGAAGCAGAAUGAUCCUCAUCUACUAAUAUCCAGCGUGGCCACAAAGCGACUGGCCAUUUACGCCACCACUUUAAACAAAGAUAUUUGGUUAUUCCCGGGAAGCAAGUGCACUUUUGCAUGGCUGAGCUGCGGGCGGAGGCGAGCCUCAGCCCAGCCUCCCGCCCGCUGAGCUUCCCGCACCUCGGCAUUCGCCCCCUCCUGGCCAGCGCUCCCGCCGCCGGGGUUCAGGCUCAGUUCCGCCCGGCAACAGACUGGCGGGCACUCACUCCGCUCCCUGCCCGCGCCCUCCCUGAAGCAUCGGAGGGGAAAACAGCGUGGCUCUGGGCUCGGGUGCUGGGGCUGUGAUGUCCUCGGAAAGUCAGCUUCAGCCCCAGAACCCCGCGUGUCUGGGAGAUGGGCGAGGGUCAGGGACACCAGGUUUGUUCGAGGUGGGGCAACUUCAGUGACGGACCCUCCCGUGAGACCCCUUCCCAUCAUCCCAGCUCGGGGGGCCAGUGCUGUGUUUGCUCGGCCGGGGGUGGGGGUGGGGAAAGACCUGGGGGGAGGCGUGUUGGUGGGGGUGGCCCACUGAAAAACCACUGAGCUGCGGGGGCGGGUGGUGGCUCGGGGAUCCGGGACAGCCUCCGGGAGGCAGUCGAUCCCCUACUCAGCGCCCCCUCCGCCCGCUCGGAUUCUCUCGGGUAGGGGGAAAGGGGGCGGGGAGCAGAGGUGUCCCUCUGACGGCGGCAGAAGAGAGGCAGACAGACUGACAGACACGUAGACCAACAGUGCGGCCCCAGGGUUCGUCCCCAGACUCGCUCGCUCAUUUGUUGGCGACUGGGGCUCAGCGCAGCGAAGCCCGAUGUGGUCCGGAGGCUGUGGGAAGGCGCGGGGCUGGGAGGCCGCGGCGGGAGGGAGGAGCAGCCCCGGCAGGCUCAGGUGAAACCCCCACCCCGUCCCUCGGCCCUCUUCUCCUAAAGACCUGUUCAUGUCCGGGGAACCCCGACCGAAUUGGAAAGUGGUUCCACUUUGUAACUCAGCAAGUUGGUUGCAAAGCAGCAUUCACCUUCCUUCCUCCCAACCAUCUCUCCUCCUCGGUUACUCCCCCACCCCACCUCCUGCCCUCCCCGCUCUCGGUUCCCUCCUCCUUCCCCACCCCUCCACCUCCUCCCCGCGCUCCGCUGGUACCCCACAAAAAAUGGGGGUGGGGGUGUCCAAGGGAGGGGGGAAUGCUUUGGGUCUCGUCUCUGCCUCUCUCUCUCUCUUUUGAGACCUAAAAAUCCUGACAAGUGAAACUUAAAGGUGUUUACCUUGUCAUCAGCAUGUAAGCUAAUUAUCUCGGGCAAGAUGUAGGCUUCUAUUGUCUUGUUGCUUUAGCGCUUACGCCCCGCCUCUGGUGGCUGCCUAAAACCUGGCGCCGGGCUAAAACAAACGCGAGGCAGCCCCCGAGCCUCCACUCAAGCCAAUUAAGGAGGACUCGGUCCACUCCGUUACGUGUACCUCCAACAAGAUCGGCGUUAAGCCGCCGCCGAAUCAUGUCGAUGAGUCCAAAGCACACGACUCCGUUCUCAGUGUCUGACAUCUUGAGUCCCCUGGAGGAAAGCUACAAGAAAGUGGGCAUGGAGGGCGGCGGCCUGGGGGCUCCGCUGGCGGCGUACAGGCAGGGCCAGGCGGCACCGCCGGCCGCGGCCAUGCAGCAGCACGCCGUGGGGCACCACGGCGCCGUCACCGCCGCCUACCACAUGACGGCGGCGGGGGUGCCCCAGCUCUCGCACUCCGCCGUGGGGGGCUACUGCAACGGCAACCUGGGCAACAUGAGCGAGCUGCCGCCGUACCAGGACACCAUGAGGAACAGCGCCUCUGGCCCCGGAUGGUACGGCGCCAACCCAGACCCGCGCUUCCCCGCCAUCUCCCGCUUCAUGGGCCCGGCGAGCGGCAUGAACAUGAGCGGCAUGGGCGGCCUGGGCUCGCUGGGGGACGUGAGCAAGAACAUGGCCCCGCUGCCAAGCGCGCCGCGCAGGAAGCGCCGAGUGCUCUUCUCGCAGGCGCAGGUGUACGAGCUGGAGCGACGCUUCAAGCAACAGAAGUACCUGUCGGCGCCGGAGCGCGAGCACCUGGCCAGCAUGAUCCACCUGACCCCCACGCAGGUCAAGAUCUGGUUCCAGAACCACCGCUACAAAAUGAAGCGCCAGGCUAAGGACAAGGCGGCGCAGCAGCAAUUGCAGCAGGACAGCGGCGGCGGCGGGGGCGGCGGGGGCGCCGGGUGCCCGCAGCAGCAACAGGCUCAGCAGCAGUCGCCGCGACGUGUGGCGGUGCCAGUCCUGGUGAAAGACGGCAAACCGUGCCAGGCGGGUGCCCCCGCGCCGGGCGCCGCCAGCCUACAAGGCCACGCGCAGCAGCAGGCGCAGCAGCAGGCGCAGGCCGCGCAGGCGGCGGCAGCGGCCAUCUCCGUGGGCAGCGGUGGCGCUGGCCUUGGCGCACACCCGGGCCACCAGCCAGGCAGCGCAGGCCAGUCUCCGGACCUGGCGCACCACGCCGCCAGCCCCGCGGCGCUGCAGGGCCAGGUAUCCAGCCUGUCCCACCUGAACUCCUCGGGCUCGGACUACGGCACCAUGUCCUGCUCCACUUUGCUAUAUGGUCGGACCUGGUGAGAGGACGCCGGGCCCGCCCUAGCCCAGCGCUCUGCCUCACCACUUCCCUCCUGCCCGCCACACAGACCACCAUCCACCGCUGCUCCACGCGCUUCGACUUUUCUUAAGAACCUGGCCGCGUUUAGACCAAGGAACAAAAAACCACAAAGGCCAAACUGCUGGACGUCUUUCUUUCUUUUUUUUCCCCCCUAAAAUUUGUGUGUGUUUUUUUUUUUAAAGAAAAUAAAAACAACCAAGCGCACCCAAUCUCUUAAGGAAUCUUUAAGCAGAGAAGGGCAUAAAACAGCUUUGGGGUUGUCUUUUUUGGUGAUUCAAAUGGGUUUCCCACGCUAGGGCGGGGCACAGAUUGGAGUGGGCUCUGUGACAUGGCUCUGGACUCUAAAGACCAAACUUCACUCUGGGCACACUCUGCCAGCAAAGUGGACUCACUUGUAAAUACCAGGAAUUUUUUUUUUUUUUUUUUUUUGAAGGGAGGACGGGAGCUGGGGAGAGGAAAGAGUCUUCGACAUAACCCACUUGUCACUGACACAAAGGAAGUGCCCCCUCCCCGGCACCCUCUGGCCGCCUAGGCUCAGCGGCGACCGCCCUCCGCGAAAAUUGUUUAUGUUUGAUGUGAACUUGUAGCUGUAAAACGCUGUCAAAAGUUGGACUAAAUGCCUAGUUUUUAGUAAUCUGUACAUUUUGCUGUAAAAAGAAAAACCACUCCCAGUCUCCAGCCCUUCACUUUUUUUUAUGGGCAUUGACAAAUCUGUGUAUAUUAUUUGGCAGUUUGGUAUUUGCGGCGUCAGUCUUUUUCUGUUGUAACUUAUGUAGAUAUUUGGCUUAAAAAUAGUUCCUAAGAAGCUUCUAAUAAAUUAUACAAAUUAAAAAGAUUCUUUUUCUGAUUAAAA